AUGUCUGACCCAUUGACAUUCACACCGGUAUCCCAGUCAGACAAUGGAAUCGGAGGGUACGACCUAAAGUCCACCACAGACCGAUCCUUCGCAUUUGAUUAUGAUCACUCGGGCAGGCUUGAUCACAUCGUGCUCUAUCGACCUGGCGUUGGUACCAUAUGGAUAAUGAAGAACGAUUAUGGGUAUUUCAGCCCAGUCUAUAGUCAAAGUUCUGGUCAAGGUAUUGGUGGCUAUGAUUUGGCUUCCACUGCAGACCGAGCUUUCGCAUUCGAUUACGACCAUUCGGGCAAACUCGAUCAUCUUGUUCUUUACCGUCCCAACACUGGCACCAUAUGGAUUCUGAAGAACACAGCUGGAACCUUCAGCCCAGUGUUCCAAUCCAACAACGGGAUUGGAGGGUACGACCUAAGGUCCACCACAGACCGAUCCUUCGCAUUUGAUUAUGAUCACUCGGGCAGGCUUGAUCACAUCGUGCUCUAUCGACCUGGCGUUGGUACCAUAUGGAUAAUGAAGAACGAUUAUGGGUAUUUCAGCCCAGUCUAUAGUCAAAGUUCUGGUCAAGGUAUUGGUGGCUAUGAUUUGGCUUCCACUGCAGAUCGAGCUCUCGCAUUCGAUUAUAACAACUCCGGAAAACUUGACCAUUUCGUUUUCUAUCGCCCUAACACUGGCGUCGUAUGGAUUGUGCAAAACUUUAAAGAAACCUUCAGCCCGGUUUUUCAAUCCAGCAGCGGGAUUGGAGGGUUCAACUUACAAUCACCUGACGAUCUCGCCAUUACCUUUGAUUAUAACGCGGACCACAGGCUCGACCACCUUACCCUCUAUCAGCCUGGUAGCGGCACCAUCUGGAUUUUGAAAAAUGACGACGGGAAAUUCAGCCCUAGUUAUUACCAGGGUGCACCUGGUAGUGGCAUCGGUGGAUAUGACCUUGCGUCCACCGCAGACCGCGUCUAUGCGUUUGACUAUGAUCACUCGGGGAUGAAUGAUCAUCUUGUCCUCUACCGACCUGGCGCCAGUGUUAUAUGGAUUUUGAAGAACGACAAUUUGCCUGACUAUGUAAAGUAG